AUGAGAUUGUCUCCGGUUUUCCCACAUAUGCUGCUGUUCAUAUCAGUCCUGUCACUCUCCAGAGUACAAACAACAGCCGCAUUAUUCUACCCAUUCGGCUCAGCAGCAGGAGACACAAUAAAUGCUGCUGUUGAUGAUGGAAGCUCCCCAGUUAUUAAUCUUUUGAGUCCAUUUCUGUUUUUUGGCCGCACUUACUGGCAAAUUUAUGUUAAUAAUAAUGGACACCUCACAUUCAACCAGCCUUCAUCAGCAUAUGUUCCCUACUCAUUCCCCGCUAGAGGAAGCCAAGAUAUAAUUGCUGGUCUCUGGACUGACCUUGACAACCGUCAAAGAGGUGUAGUUUCAUAUCGUCAGUACACCAGUGGAAAUGUUCUCACACAUGCCACUCAGGAUAUAAACACACAUUUCCCAAAUUUGAACUUCACCGCUUCUUGGGUCUUUGUUGCAACGUGGGAUAAAGUUGCUUACUACAGUUUAACCAACACAGAAACAUCCUUUCAAGUGGUUUUAAUUUCAGACAGUAAUUUUUCAUUUAUUAUGAUGAAUUAUGGUGAAAUUGCUGUAACAACACAUCGGGUGCAGGCUGGUUAUGACACGAUAAACUCCACACACUACAUAGUGAUCAAUGGAUCAAACAGUGGCAGCUCCAUCUCAAACCUCAGGAACUCCAGCAAUGUCAGUGUUUCAGGACGAUGGGCCUUCAGGGUGGAUGGUGGACAACACAUCUCUGAAGUAAACCCCACAUUUUCAACCACCACAGUCUCAACAGCACCAGAAAUAUUCUACCCAUUUGGCUCAGCAGCAGGAGACAAAAGCAAUCCUGUUGAUGAUGAUGGAAGUUCGUCUGUUAUUCAUCUGUUGAGUCCAUUUCUGUUCUUUGGCCGCACAUACCAGCAGAUUUAUGUUAAUAACAAUGGACAUCUCACAUUUAACAAGCCUUCAUCACUAUAUACUCCUUACUCAUUUCCUGCUAAUAGAAGCCAAGAUAUAAUUGCUGGUCUCUGGACAAACCUUAACAACCGUAUGGGAGGUGUCAUUUCAUACCAGCAGUACACUAAUGGAAGUGUACUUACACGCGCUUCUCAGGAUAUAAACACACAUUUCCCAAAUCUGACUUUCAACGCUUCUUGGGUCUUUGUAGCAACUUGGGGAAAAGUCGCUUACUACAGCUUAAGCAGUACAGAAACAUCUUUUCAAGUGGUUUUAAUUUCAGAUGUUAAUUUUUCAUUUAUUCUGAUUAAUUAUGGUGACAUUGCUGUAACAGAACAUCAAGUGCAGGCUGGUUAUGACACAGUAAACUCCACAGACUACUUUGUGAUUCCUGGAUCAAACAAUGGGAGCUUCAUUUCAAACCUCAGGAACUCCAGUAAUGUCAACGAUACAGGCCGAUGGGCUUUCAGGGUGGACAGUGGACAACACAACAUCUCUAAAGACUACGUCAUUGGAGUUCAAGUGAAACUUUCCUCAUUUUCUGACCUAACAGAUGCUGGAAACAUUCAGAUCAUUUUACAGCGAAUAAAACAGGAGCUGGUCAAGUACGGUCUGCCUAACAGCGUUGAGCUGAAAUUAAGAAAAGUGCAAAGGAUAAAGCCGCAAUAUCAGUCUGAUUCAGGAAAAGAAAUAAAACAGUCCUGUAUCUUCAUAUAG